UCGGUACCAGCCUCACCUUCCAGCUAACUUGCAACCCUCCUCGAGUCUCCCCUGUUCUCACUACUAAGGAUUCCCAAGCCCUUCUCUCUCUCGCGUGCGCGCGCGCUCGUUUGUGUCGCGUCGCUGGACAUGGAGGGCGACGAUGGCGUGAAGGACACUGUUCUCGCGGAGACUGAUCUCGAAGCGGCGCCGGUGGAAGCUGGCGACGCAUUACGUUCGGAGCUAGGCUCGGAGCAAGGCUCGGAGUUAGGUACGGAGUUACCUCCCGAAUCACCCAUCCUCGACGAACCACCGCCUCUUGAACCCGCCGUCGCCGAAGGAGCAGGCGAAGCGGCAGCUGCAGUGGCAGCGGUGACGGCCGCAGCGGCUGCCGCGGCGGCGGCGGCGGCGGAACCGGCGGCACCAGCAGCAGCGAUUGCUGCUGAGGGAAAUGGCGUCUCGAAGCCGCGUCGUCGGAAAGUUGAGCUGGUGGUGGAGGGAGACGAGCAGCCGCCUCCGUUCAUUCUACUCAGUCAGAACUUUUACAGAUUCCGCCGUCCGAAGCAGGUGAAGAGUGACGACGUGGCGGUGUGCGAGUGUGAGCCGCCCGCGUCUGCCUCGGGCGCCCUGGGGUGCCACGUGGACGCUUGCCUCAACGCACUGCUCUGCACCGAGUGCACGCCAGGCUUCUGCCCCUGCGAAGAUGCGUGCCAGAACCAGCGCUUCCAGCGGUGUGAGCAUGCGCGCACGGUGGUCAAGAAGGUCAAGGGCCGAGGCUGGGGGCUCGUGGCAGCCGAGCCCAUUAAGGCAGGGCAGUUUGUGAUAGAGUACUGUGGGGAGGUGGUGCCCAACAAGGAGGCACAGAGACGCCACGGCGAGUACCUAGCUGCAGGCGAGAAGAACGUGUAUCUGCUCAAGCUGAACGCAAGGGAGGUCAUAGACCCCACUAAGAUGGGCGCCGCUGCGAGAUUCGUCAACCACUCCUGCGAUCCCAACUGCGAGACACGCAAGUGGACGGUCCUGGGGGAGAUCCGGGUGGGCAUAUUUGCGCGCAAGGACAUCGAGCCGGGCCACGAGCUCACCUACGACUAUGACUACGAGUGGUACGGGGGCGACAAGGUCAAGUGCCGCUGCGGAGCCGCCUGCUGCGUUGGCUUCCUCGGAGCCAAGUCCCGUGCCUUCCAGGAGGACACGUACCUCUGGGUGGAUGAUGAUGGCCGCUUUGAGGUAGAGGACGUACCUCUCUACGAUUCCAGCUCAGACGAGAGUGAAUAUGAGGAUGAGGAGGAGGCGGACGAGGAAGAUGAAGAGGAGGAGGAGGAGGAGGAGGAAGAAGAGGGGGAGGGUGAGGAGGAAGAGAGGUUGGAUGGUGUGGGGAGGAGAGAAGGAGCAGACGAGACUGAGAAAGAGGGCGAUAAGGAGGGGGGAGUGAAGAGGCAACAACAGCAGACAGAGAGAAAGGGGGGAGCUGCAGGGAGGAAGGGAGGGAGUAAGGAUGAUGGAGGGGGUGUGGAAGUGGAAGGGGAGGAGGAGUAUUGGGUUGCGGGAGAACGGGGGGGGUAUGACGCAGAGGAUUGGGAAGAGUGGCUAGAGAAUGAAGAUGAUACUCUUGAGGAUGGAGCGUGGGAGGAGGAGGAUGGAUCAGUUGCUGACUUAACGAAAGAUGGAGAGGGGGAGGAGGGAGAGGAAGGAGGGGAGGAGGCGGAGGCGUUUGAGGGAGAAGGUGGAGGAAGUUUGGGUGAUGGUGGUCACGCUGGUGAUGGUGAUGGUGGUGGGGGCUACGGUCCGUGCGGGUGGGUGGUGGGGCGGUAUUUCCACAGCGCCCAAUGCCCAGGAUGCAGGAAAAUGCGGAGAGCUGCUGCAAAAGAAGGGAGGUUGUCUGGUUCUGGUUUAGAUGUGUAUGGAGGCGAGAUUGAGUAUGGUACUGCUGGUGAUGGUGGUCUGGGAGAAGGAACGAAGCGGAGGAAGAGGAGGAGGCGGAGGAGAGAGAUGGAAGUGGGGGGGAUGGACGACGGAGGGGGAGAGGAGGGCGAGGAGGGGGAGGAGGGGGAGCAGAGAGAGGAGGGGGAGCAGAGAGAGGAGGGGGAGCAGAGUGAAACUCCAAGGCGAAGGCGAAAGAAGAAGAAGGAACAGAGCGUGGACUAUCCAGAUGUGGUCUCCUGUCUCCCGGAUGACCUAGCCUCUUCUCUCGCUGCUGGUGUCGCUGAUGCUGAUGGGGACGCUGCAACCGCUGCCGCUGUUGCCGCCGCCGCUGCUGCCGCUGCACGCGCGUGGAGAAACGCAGAAGCAGCCAAGAAGCAGAGGAGAAAGGCGGCGCAAGAGGGAGCGGGGAGGGGGUUGGGACGGGGGAGGGGCAGAGGGAGAGGGGGAGAGGGGAGGGGAGGGGAGAGAGGAAGAUUCCCUGGAGGUGCCUCUGGGAGGGGGUUAGGGCUGGUAGGUAGAGGCAUGGGAAGGGGUGGAAGGAGGGGUGCAAUGUCAGAGGGUGGUGUGGAACGAAGCCAGUCAUCUGGGCACCAUUUCCCUGCCUCUGCUCGACCGAGCCCUCCUUCUGGCCUCAAACAUUCUAGCUCUAUCCGUUCUGUUGCUGCUCCAUCCGCCAAUGCUGCCUCCCCAAAGCAACAACCCGCCCCGGCGCGACCCCCGCUCUCCCCUCGCUCCCGCUCCUGUGCCCUCAUCCCGCCUUCCUCCUAUAGUCCCUGCCUCUCCCCUUACCUCCCCCCCUCAAGCGUCCUGCUUCUAAGAGAAGCCACCAACCAUGCAACUCGGAGCCGAGCGGGUCAAGUGCCAGAUCUGCUAAGUGUGGGAGCAGGGGAGGGGGGCGGUGGGGGCGUGGGGCGGAUUGGUGGUGGGGAGAGUGGGGCGGAUGGGAGUGGUGGGGUGCUUGGGUUUGGAGUAAGGAGGAGAAGGGCCGGGAGAGGAGUGUUUUUGAGGCCAAUUGGCAAGUCGCUAAAGCUAGACAAGGUGCUGAUGGUGCUGGCGAGAGGCAAGGAAGGGGGCAAGGAGAGGGGCAGGGAGGGGUGCAUAGAGGGGUGCAAGGAGGGGGGCAGGGAGGGGGGCAGUGAGGGGGGCAACGAAGGGUGUGAAGAAGAGGAGGAGAGGACGAAGCAAGUGCUGGGUCUUAUGAAAGCAGCCCAGGAGAAAGAGGCAGCAUUCUUUGCACUCAAGGCUCAGGCGGCUCAGCUGUCCUCAGCCGCCCAGUCUGCUCCGGCCUCGCGUGCUAUAAACGAGCAGCUUGUAGCGGCACACUGUAGCAGGCUGCUGGGCUCGUUCAAACUCCACGCUAUGUUCCUCUCUGUUGCUGCUGCUGCUGUGGCAGCUCCUGCACCAGCUCCUGCUAGUGCCCCAGCUGCUGCUGCUGCUCCUGCUAUUGCCACUGGUGCUGGUGUUGCCGCUGCUGCUGCAGCUCCAGCUGCUCUGUUGGUCACUUGUGAAGGAUCUGGCACUGUCAGUAGUGAGGGCAGUGACAAGAACCGUUUUCUUAGCACUGGCAAUGGCAAUGGCAAUGGUACCGGCAAUGGUGCUGGUAGUGAUAUUCUGGGCAGUCUAGAGGGGAGAGGGGGCGCUAAUGUGUAUAUUUAGGCUGGAAAACUGUUAGGCUGAUAUAUACCUACGAUAAUACGCAGUACAGAAUUACACUACACAUGGUUCAAAUCAUGUAGUUGACCAAUGUGGAUUUUAUUU